CGGUUCAGUGUUGGGUUACGGGAUGACACAAACCCGCAAAUCCCUAGCCCCCCUCUCAAAGACCAUCUCCAUCUCCAUCUCGAAGCUCGCAGGUGCGCGCAAGAGUUCGGAAUCCUUCUCUCUCUUCUUGGUUCUUCUCCCUUAGGUUCUCCGGUGGAGGUGAUUUUGAUUCUGAUUCAAAGAGAAAAGAAUGAGCACUAGGCCUGUGCCAAGGAGAGAAAGCCCCUGGGGUUUACCUGAAGGUGACACACGACAGCCUGUGGCACACAGAUGCAAUGAUCGUGCAGAGGAUGUUAUCCAGGCUUUGUUUGAAGGAAAUCCAUUAAAAAAAGUUCCGGGCCCUUUCAAGCUCUUCUGGCAAUGCAUGCGAUCUAAGCCCGGGGAGGAGCCAACGGAACCUUUCUACUACUUGCAACUGGAUCCACCAAAAAAGGAAGAGGCCAAAUUAGAGUAGCAGGGAUGAUAAAAACUUACAAAUCAUAGCCUUUUUCUGUUAGCACUUGAAAUAAUUUUGACAGGCUAUAUCAUUGUGAAUAACGAGCCUUGAUCCAUCCAUUUUGUACUGGGAAAACAAAUCUUGCUUCAUCACUUGUUGGAAGAUUCUAGUUGAUGUUUUCAAGGUCGUCUUGAUUUGUUUGUUUCAAAUUAGAAACAUAUUGGUCGAUGUCAUGUAGGAAUCUUUGUUCUGGCAUGGCAUGGCAUGCGAAUUAUUGGACAAACUUGAUCCCUUUGUUGCCUCUUA